CUAACUGCAUCACAUUCACAUUAGAUCGAAAUCCGACAAACCCUCUCUCUUCUUUAUCUUCUCUGCAUCGCCUUUCCCAUUUGCCUCGGAGAAUACUAUGUUACCGACAACAACGACAACAACAACUUAAUAGCCUUAGCUUCUGACUAUGGUGGUGGAUGCUGUGGUGGUGCAUGUUUCCUCAGACCAAUGACUAGUCCAACUGGAAAUUUAACAAGCCAUAACGACCGUACCGCUGAGAAGAUGGGAACUGAACAAUGUGAAUUUUCUGAAAAAACACCUCGGUUAGGCUCUAAAUGUUUAGACAGCGAACAUAGGGUGCUUGAUACUGUGUUAACCAGAUCUGUUACUGAUGAAAAAUCAAAUCAAGUUUCUUCCAAUUCGACUGAGAAUUCGGUUAUUCUACUGCCUGAACCACCUCAACAUGACUUGGAAAAAACACCUCAGAUAGGUUCUGAAUGUUUAGACAGUGAAGAAAGGGUGCUUGGUACCGUGUCAACCAGUUCGGUUACUGAUGAAAUAUCAAAUGAAGCUCCUGCCUAUGCCACUGAGAAUUCUGUUAUUCUACUGCCUGCACCACCUCAACAUAACCUAGAAAAAACACCUCAGAUAGGCUCUGAAUGUUUAGACAGUGAAGAAAGGGUGAUCGGUAACGUGUUAACCAGUUCUGUUACUGAUGAAAAAUCAAAUCAAGUUUCUGCCACUGUGACUGAGAAUUCUGUUAUUCUAUUGCCUGCACCACCUCAACAUGACUUAGACUGUCAGACUGUAGAAGGUUCAUGCCUUCUACAAAGUACCUUUGAACCAGUUUCUGUUUGUUUGCCUGAUGAUAAAUCAGAAAACAAAUGUCAGUCAUUCUCUCGAAAUGUUCAAAAUGAACCCUUAGAAAUAAGUGAUACAGUAACUAGCUUUGUUGUUGAGGACCAAACGCAAUCCAUUCCUGCCCAAGUGAACAUGAGUUCCGUCAAUGAACUAUUGGAUCCAGCUUCAGGAGAUGUUGGAAAAAAUAUUAGUUCCAACAAUUCAGAAAGAAAGUCUAAAAGCACAACUCAUAUGCAAUUGAAGCACAAGAGUAAAAGAAACUCGAAAUUAUUGAAGAAGUAUAUGCUAAGGUCGUUAGGAACCAGUGAUAGAGCUUUGCGAUCAAGGACAAGAGAAAAACCUAAAGCACCUGAACCAAAUAGUAAUUUAGUUGAUGUUAAUAAUGAUGGAGUGAAGAGGGAAAGUGGGAGGAAGAAGAAAAAGAGAAGAGGGGAGGGAAUUACUGAUCAAUUUUCUAGAAUCAGAGCUCAGUUAAGGUAUUUAUUGAACCGAGUAAGCUAUGAGCAAAGCUUGAUCGAUGCUUAUUCUGGUGAGGGCUGGAAAGGAUACAGUAUGGAAAAAUUAAAGCCUGAAAAGGAGCUUCAACGGGCUAGGUCUGAAAUACUUCGGCGUAAAUUGAAAAUCAGGGAUUUAUUUCAAAAUUUGGAUUCAUUGUGUGCCGAAGGAAGGCUUCCUGAUUCUUUGUUUGACUCUGAGGGAGAGAUUGACAGUGAGGAUAUUUUCUGUGCAAAAUGCCAGUCCAAAGAGUCGGGCACCAAUAAUGAUAUAAUUCUCUGUGAUGGUGCUUGUGAUCGUGGAUUUCACCAGCUCUGUUUGGAUCCUCCAUUGCUAACUGAAGACAUUCCACCUGGCGAUGAGGGUUGGCUAUGCCCAGGAUGUGAUUGCAAAGAUGACUGCAUCGAACUCGUUAAUGACUCCUUAGGAACAAGUCUCUCUCUUAGUGACACCUGGAAGAGGCUUUUUCCUGAAGCAGCUGCUGCUGCUAGAAACAAUAUUGAUAACAUGGGACUUCCUUCUGACGAUUCGGAUGAUGAUGAUUAUAAUCCUAAUGCUCCAGAAGAUGUGGAGGUUGAAGGAGGUGAGCCAAGUUCUGAUGAAUCUGAGUAUGCUUCUGCUUCUGAGAAAUUGGAGGAUUCACGCCAUGAGGAUCAAUACUUGGGCCUUCCUUCAGAAGAUUCCGAGGAUGAUGAUUUUGAUCCUAAUGGUCCAGAUCCUGACAGUAGAGUCAUGGAUGAAAGUUCAAGCUCUGAUUUCACAUCUGACUCUGAAGAUCUUGCUGCUGCAAUUGAGGAUAACAUGUCCCCUGGAGGACAGGAUGAAGAUAUCAUAUCUGCAUCAUUGGAUGAUAUUAAGAACUUUAAAGGUUCUAGCGGACAAAAGUGUAAAGUUGGUAGGAAGCCAUCUAUAGUGGAUGAACUGUCAUCUUUACUAGAGCCAGAUCCUGGCCAAGAGGGCUCCACUCCUGUUUCUGGGAAAAGACAAGUGGAUAGGUUGGACUACAAAAAGCUGUAUGACGAAACAUACCAAAGUGAUACUAGUGAUGAUGAAGAUUGGACUGCCACUGCUAGUCCAAGUAGAAAAAGGACACUCACUGGUAAAGUGACUCCAGUGUCACCAAAUGGAAAUGCCUCAAAUAAUUCUGUACAUACUCCUAGGAGGAAUACCCAUCAGAACAAAGUUGAAAAUACAAACAAUUCACCCCCUAAAUCACUUGAAGGCCCUGGGAAAUCUGGUUCCAGCGAUAAAAAGCCUGGGUCUUCAGCAUACAAAAGACUUGGAGAAGCUGUAGUUCAGAGACUUUACAAAUCUUUUAAAGAAAAUCAGUAUCCAGAUCGAACCACAAAAGAAAGCUUGGCACAAGAACUCGGACUCACUUAUCAGCAGGUUACCAAAUGGUUUGACAAUACUCGUUGGAGCUUCCGGCAUUCAUCACAGAGGGAAACCGUUCCAGGUAGAAAUGCUUCGCAGCAGGCCACAAACAGCAUAGCUGAAAAUAAGGGGGAGUGGGAAUGGGAAGUAGUGUCCCAGGAGGUCAGUGGAGAAAAACCAAAAACCUCAAGCUCUGGAAAAAGAAAGCAUUUGUCCGAACCCCAGGCAUCUGAAGCAGGGCUGGUUGUUGAUGACGCUGCAACGAUGUCUCCUGCUUGCUCAUCAAAAACUCAUGAAAUGCAAAUAGGCAAUAAAAUAAAGACAAGGAAAAGGAAAUAACUCAAGCUUGAUCUUUUCCUAAGGCAGCAAAAUUAAAGUGUCCAUCCUUUUGUGAGAUUGAGAUCCUCUGAGAUGAUCAGCUUGGAUCUCGAUGGAUUUGUUUCCAUUCAGGAAGGUAAUCUCAAAAUGUGUUCCAUUGUUUGUAUUGUUAACAAAAUUAACUUUCUAGAUAUUCAUCUCGGUUGAGUUAGUUUUAGCGUUGCCCCUCACUCAAACACUCAGAAUAGUUGUCAGUUACUAGUUCUAGAAUUUUUUCUUUUAUAUUUAUUUUUUUCCAUUUAGAGAGACCUCAUUCCUUCCUCCAAAUGGUGUUCUUCCUUAACAAUACAAAAAGCAAAAAACAGAUGAAUAUAGGGGAACAAUUUAUUUUUG